CAGCCUAUUUUAAACCACACAGAGGCGGUUGCCCAUUUUGAUAGAUAUUUCUUAGUUCAUCAGACUAGUCAGACAGGCUGCUCAUCCUAAGUGGGUCGUUCAAGCUGUCAGAGCAACGAUAUAAAUACCGGGCUGCAUCUGCCGCCGCCGCUGCUGCUGCUGCUGCUGCAGUGGCGUCGGCAUUCUAUCAGACCCGUGAUAUUACUUCCGGAGCACACGGAAAAUAAACUGCCCGGUUGGUCGCCGUUAUAGAAAAGCAUGCACCUUUAUAUAUUGGCAAUGAGAUAAAAAAAAUCUUUGUCACUCGAGCCCGUCCUCUGAAGCAUCAUCAUUUGGCCCCAGCUGCUGCCUAAACACACACAUCCACUGUCUCACAGAAAAACAUGACAGAGCCACGCAACCCAGGGAUGUCUUCAGUCCCUCAGACAGCCCCAGUGCACACUGACUCCACCUCCCAGGCUGUAGAGAUGGACCCAGUGGAGUACACGCUAAGGAAGCGCCUCCCCCGGAAACUCCCAAAGAGACGGAACGACGUCUACGUCAACAUGAAGACUGAUUUCCGGGCUCAGCUGGCACGCUGUCAGAAGCUUCUGGAAGGUGGGGGUCACAGGGAGAUAUGUGUCCACGGCCUGGGCCUUGCUAUCAACAGGGCUAUCAACAUCGCCCUUCAGCUGCAGGCCAGCAGCCAGGGGGCGCUGCAGCUGGCAGCCAACACCUCUACAGUGGAGCUUGUGGACGACCUGGAGCCAGAAGAUCCUGAUGAGGCCGGGGAGCCCAUGACGCGUACCCGCAACAACUCGGCCAUUCAUAUUAAGGUUUUCUACCCUGACCCUCAGUGACCGUAAUAGAGGUGUGCCCUGUAUGUCAGGCAGUGUCUCUGGAUUAGUCUUUAAGUCCUGUUUGUUUCCUUAUAAACCAGUAGACCAGAAAACGCUGUCUGUUGGGACUGUUUGUGUAUAGACCUAUGCUGACAGCGGCAGGGGACUGCAGAAUGGAGCAGACGAGUAUUCACUGUGUUGUCUGUAUCAGUGAACUGUUGUCAGAAUGGACAGCCUUAGUUGACUGGAUAUGUUGUGCCGUUACUUUUGUCAUGUGUUGUACUCUGCCUUUUUUAAGUUUGCAUGUCUUGAGGCAACAGUGGUGUGUAAUUUAAUACUUGAAGAGAGGGCUGUGCCAAAUGUACCUGUACAGGUGUCUUUAAUUUUCAGGCCCAAGAGUCUGUGCAAAUGUUUCAUGUCUGUGUACAAAUAAGAGAAAAACUUAAAAAUCCCAAGUUUACAUUUCAAGCAGGUGUUGUUGAAGAUGUCCACUAGGUGUCAGUAGUCAGCUACACAUGGGCAUGCCAGGAUGUUAUCCCCCUGUCUAACUUCUAUGGCACCAUGUCACAACAAUCUAUUCUCAAAUGUAGUUUAUAUCAUGGGUUCAGCUGAAGGUCAGAGACUGUUUCAUAUUAUUGAGCUGCUGGUGUUUACUCUGGUCACAAUGGAUAUAGUAGACACUUUUAAGGAAGACCAUGUAUUUGAUUUCUGGAGUUAAUUAAAAUUUGCUUGAAUGUA